AUGCCCGCGCGUGUCACGUCUGCAUGGGUCCGCCCGGGCUUUCCGGCCGGAGUGUUAGAACGUUGCGGCGCCCCGCGUUCGCGCCUGGAACGUCGCGGGCCUGAACGUUCCACGGGGAGUGCGGGUUUGGAACGUCGCGGGCCUGAACGUUCCACGGGGCGACCCGCGACCGGGGUUGGAACGUUGCCGGCCUGAACGGAGGGCUCCCAUCGGGUGACAUGAGCGACUCCGGCGGAGGAGGAGGCGGCGGCGAGCCGGGCGUGAGCAGCGGGACGAGCCCUCUCCGGGCUUACCCGGAGCUGCCGGUCUGGGUGGUGGAGGAUCAUCAUGAUGUACUGCCUUUCAUUUACCGAGCCAUUGGUUCGAAACAUCUUCCUGCCAGCAACAUCAGUUUUGUCCACUUGGACUCCCAUCCCGAUCUUCUGAUACCAGUGAACAUGCCUGCAGAUACUGUGUUUGACAAAGAGACUCUGUUCAGCGAGAUAAGUAUUGAAAAUUGGAUCAUGCCCGCUGUUUAUGCUGGCCACUUUUCACAAGUGUUAUGGCUCCAUCCACCGUGGGCUCAGCAGAUCGAAGAAGGAACCCAUCACUUCUUAGUGGGUAAAGACACCUCAACCACGACAAUAAGGGUGACAAGCACCGAGGGCUACUUCCUUUCCGACGGUCUUUAUGUCCCUGCCGACCAGCUGGAAAACCAGAAGCCUUUGAAUCUGAGCGUCCUCCUUGUGAAUCCCACCAAGCCCUCCGCCAGCCGGGAGGGAAGCAGCGCGUCUUCUGCGAAGAGACUCAGGUUAAGCGAUGACACGAGAGACGCCGCCAUUGCCUCUUCCUCGACAGACACGGAGGUUCUUCUUCCCUGUGGCUCUUCAGACGCGCAGCCUGAAGCAUUAGGAACGAGCGCCCAAGCACAAGAGACAGCAGAGGACUUCCAGAGUUCCCCGGCCUCCUGCUCCUUCGGCAGCCACUCCUGUCAAACCACGGAACUUAUCAAAGACGUCCUCCAGGCGUUGCAGAAGGACGCCGCUUACGUUUUGGAUAUUGACUUGGAUUUUUUUUCCGUUAAAAAUCCUUUCAAAGAAAUAUACACUCAGGAAGAGUACAAGCUCUUACAAGAACUUUAUAAUUUUAAGAAGCCAAACAGAAAUGCCUCAGAGGAGGAUUUGCUAGACUGCGUUGAGAAUCGCAUCCACCAGUUGGAAGAUCUGGAAGCGGCGUUUGCAGAUCUCUGCGACGACGACUCCGAUGAGAUUCUGGAAAGAUGGGCUUUAAAUCCUGGGAUGACGCCUCUAAUCCCACUUGUACAUAGUCUGAAGAACCGAAUGAGAACCCCUAACUACGAAUUGACUCAUCAAGCUGGGCUGACCUGCGAUUACUCAGAAAUUCCUCACCACGUCAGCACCGAGGAGGAAAUAGAAGAUCUCGUAGAGGCUGUGAAACAUCUCUUGAGGAAUCUGCCAAAGCCCACUCUUGUGACCAUCGCCCGGUCCAGCUGGGAUGACUAUUGCCCUGCGGACCAGGUGGAGCUGAUACAAGAGAAGGUUUUGAGUGGUCUGCGCUCGAUAUAUGGCACCCUCGAGGUUCAUUUAGAGUACUUGGAAGAUUUCAGCCCUGCUGGAACUGAUUCUUCGGCCACCGCGUGAUUUGUACACUGGAAAUACGUGGGUGUUUUUUGUCUCUGUAGACAAACAUUACAGAAGCAAAUGCUUUUCUAGGAGUUUGUAUUUCACUUGCGACACUGUUCUUGAUGCUUUCGACCCAAACACUUCCUGUUUUAACUGAAACUCUCUGCUGCUAGGGAGAGAAAGUGUGUGUGUGUGUAUGUGUGUGUGUGAGAGAGAGAUAAUUUGCCUGAAAGAAGAGAGGAGUCUGGGAAAUGGUUCUCUCUUUUCAGUAGUUAAACCAGCAGAGCUUUUGAGAAAGGAAUCCCAACAGAAACAACAACUGCGGUGUGCACACUGAACUUCAAUAAAGAUAACUUCAAUACCAA